AUGCUCACACCCUACUGCGAUUGUAGUCUACCCUGCGUCCCCGCGUCAUAUUCUCUCGUACCGUCGACUUCAUUAGUGCCACUUCACCCUUUUCGCAGGAGCUGCGCGCAUCCUUCGGCCUGCUCCCCAAACGCGCGUAUAUAUUCCGCUCCGACGCGUGUCUGUAUCAAAACUUAUGCGCGCGCAACUGGCACGGGUCAUGCGCUGAACGGAUGCUGCGCGACAGUCAAGUGGUGCGCAAGCAUGCAUAUUAACAGGUCGUCUGCAAGCCUCACGGACCUACGUGCGAUCGAGAAGGACAUUUUGCCAAGGUUCGCGGUCGCUUGUUAUUCAUUCAGCUUGUUAUUCAUUCAGAGUUUGAAAGGUCUAAAGUUAGCUCCCCUCCCCUCUCCCCCUUACGAGGUAAUGCCGCGCGCGGCGCAACAGAAGAUGCUUCCCAUCGUCUCAGAGCAGCAGCAGGUGCGCGGCAGGCCUGAUCAGUCAGGGAUGAGUGCUGGCGCCGCCACCUGCAGUGGGCGAGCGCUGGUGCGAGUGGCGCGGCCAUUCUGUGCCAUGGGGAGGGCGAGGAGGCCGUUGAAAGCGGCGGGAGGAGUUGAGGAAGGGAAUUUGAGGCGAGGGGCGAUGGGUAAGAGCGGUGGCGCGGGGGUGGCUGGGCGACUGGCGGUGAUGGGCGUGGUGGCGGUGCUGGCGAUGGUGGGGAGCGACGAGGGCCUCACGAAGGGCGGUUGGGCGCAGCGCUGCUUCUGGCGCAGCAGCGGCGGCAGCCGUGGCUUCCCCCCCAUCAUGAUGGCACACGCUGCUCCCCUUCACCCCACCCAGUGGCCGGCAGUGCGAGACAUGAAGGCGCAGUGGGGCAGUGUGAUACCGGGCAUCACCAACACCUGGGUGAAGAAUGCUGACUGCGCGCAGUUUUUCAGCAUCUACUGCAACGCUCUUGGCUUCGUGACAACGAUAGACUUAUCAGAGACAUAUUUAUCCGGCGCCCUACCAGAGACAAUUGGCGUCCUCAACACCCUUCAAUACUUAUAUAUAAGCGGCAGCUUUCUAUCUGGCUCACUCCCAUCUACCUUCUCAAAGCUCGUUAAUUUAAAAGUAGUCAACGCCAAUCAGAACGACCUCAGAGGGCCCCUGCCUGAGGGCAUCGGCGCUCUCACUGCCUUGGUGCAACUGCACGUGCAGGAGAACCGGCUAGAAGGGUCAAUCCCAUCAUCCUUCACCCAAUUGACUGCGCUAACCUCACUCGACAUUCAGAAAAACCAGAUUUCGGGACCUCUGCCAGACGCGCUAGGAAGUGUCUCCCAACUAGCGGAUUUCCGUGCCAACGACAACCUUAUAUCGGGCCCCUUGCCUUCGAGUAUAACAAAAAUGACUGGUCUCGGCUACCUUGAGCUGGGGAACAACAAUCUGAGUGGGUCGCUCCCUUCGGACCUGGGUACUAUGACCUCACUACAAAGCCUCAUUUUGUCACGCAACGCAAUCCGAGGCCCACUUCCAACGCAGUGGGCAGCAACUAAACUUUACAGACUGGACAUCAGUGACAACCACCUGUCUGGCACGAUACCGGACGAUGUCACAGGCUUGGUCUACCUCACACUCUUGGACCUGAGUUCCAACCGCCUCACUGGAACCAUACCACAAGGUCUCUCUUUUUCUCCCAACCUAAACGUUCUCAAUUUAAGAAACAACCUGCUCACAGGGAAGGUCCUUGAGCCCGUGCCACCCAAAAUAGAGGCGUACAAGCUAGAUAACAACUACUUAAGUGAGGGGUUCUCCUCCCCCCCGCCAUGCGGGCAGGGCUAUAUCACGUAUCGCAGCAACUGUGCAGCCACGCCAGCAGAUGGCCUUGCGUGCGGUGCGGACGAGAGUCAAAAGGCUGACCCCGUGUGCUUUGCCUUCUGCGGUGUCUCUCCCACCGACCCUCCCUGCAACGGCCAUGGCGUGUGUUAUUUUGACGGCCCCAGCAACACGCCCACAUGCCUCUGUGACGAUAACUUCGUGAUUGGGGAGUUCCCCGGCAGCUGUGUGCCUGUGGCAGGUGGUAAGACGGAGCAGCAGCUGACCCCAACAGCAGCCACCCUCACAGCCACGGGAGACGCCUCAGUGAAUGCAGCCACGCUCACUCUCACGCCCGCCCAGCCGUCCAAGGCUGGCAGUGUGUUCCUGGCAGCGCGCGUGCCGCUCUUCUCCUACCAGCUCAUCGGGGACUCCUGCGGCCGCGAGCUUGCCUUCUCCUCCUCCUUCUCCUUCACUCUCACCCGCCCUGCUGCCUCUGGCUCCGAAGGCUUUGCCUUUGUGGUGGCCUUUGAUGCCACCCCGCCCACAACACCGGUGGCGGGCGGCAUGGGGUAUGCGGGGAUGGGAGCGCGCAGCGUGGCAGUGGAGUUUGACACAUCCAAGGAUGCAGGCAACAGCGACCCUGACAGCAACCACAUGGGCAUCAACACCGGCGGCAAUGUCACAUCGGUUGUCACAGCCAAUAUGAGCACCUCUCUGAAUGACGGCAAGCCCAAGCACGUGUGGAUCGAGUACGACCCUUCCUCCAGUGGCUCUCUGCGCGUCUUCCUCUCCUCCCAGGCGUCCCCUCGCCCUACCACCCCCCUUCUGUCGGCACGCAUCUCCUUGUGUGAGGAGCUCGCCCCCUCCCCAUCGGAGUACACCUUUGCCAUCGGCUUCACUGCUGCCUCCGCCACCCAGCCUCAAAGCCAUGUCGUCUCCGCCUGGACCCUCUCCACCUGUGAGUGCACCUCUGCAUCCAUCCUGUCUCUCGUGGUCGCUGCUUUUUUGCUCGCUAAUCGCUUUAAUUUUCCUGUCCAGCCAACUCCAGAUGCAGCGCGGGGCUUUACCUUCAGCGAGGCGGCGCUCUCUCUGUCGGGAAUAAAUAUUUUCUUCCGCUAUGCCAGCUCGGGCAGUGUUGCUGCUGAGAAUGGCAAUGACGUGUAUGGCGUGCCCCCUACGGCUUCAUGGGCCAGGCCUGAUUUCACAUGGCCUGUCAAGACACAGACAACUUGCGGCGACUGCUGGGCGUACGCAGUGGUGGGCAGCGUGGAGGCGGCGCUGGGAAUUCUCGCCAACACCUCAGCGGCGCCGGUGCUGUCAGUGGAGCAGCUGAAGGCCGCCAUGAAGGUCGGCUGCUCUGGCAGCACCCCGUCUCAGGCCUUCCAGCUGCUGCUCAAGCUGGCGCAAAAAGGAGGCGGGCUCGUGUUGGAUAGUCAGUGGCCCGCUGAGAAAGGCAAGAAGGCCGCAAAGGAAGGCAGCAGCAGUCCUCUUUGCUCUCCGUUGCUGAAGCCACUGGCAAAGCUGUUCGGUGUGUCGUGCGGAAAUGGUCCUGCCACCCCACGUCAGCUCCCCAGUGGAAUCCCCAUCAGCGGCUUUGAGUCGACGUCCUUCUACGGCUGGUUUGGGCUGCUGCUGGCCGUGCAGCGGCAGCCAGUGGUGGUGCACAUUGAGGCUUCCGCCCCCACGUUCAAGAAUUAUGAUGGGCUGUCCAAGUACCAGGACCCAGCGUGCUUCACGUACAACCUGAACCACGUGGUGCUGCUGGUGGGGUACCGCCUGGUGGGCAAGGACUCGCGCUUCCCCCACAUGGCGCCGCCCUUCUGGAUCAUCCGCAACUCAUGGGGGCCUGAUUGGGGCGAUGGGGGCCACAUGCGCAUGGACAUCCAGGGGUGGGAUGGCGUGUGCGGCAUCAACUCGCUGCCAGGCCUCUACCCCGUGGUCAGAGGCACCUCUGACCCCUGCAGCUUAGCCGCCCGCAAUGACAGCACUGGCUCGUUCUUCAAUCCCUGCGGCAAGUUCAAGUGCACGGUGAAAGGCAAGACUAACGAGUGUGAAUGCAACGACCCGCGCUUCAUCCAAGCAACCAACGCCGAUGGCUCUCGCACAUGCGCCUACAAGGAUGCAUGCAAGGCAGCCCAGCGCAAUCCGUGUGCGGUGGGGCAGUGUGUGAAUGACGGGGCGGGGUCGUACUCGUGUGUGUGUCCACCGGGCUUCAGGCAGGGCACCACCGUCGAGGGCACUUACUCCUGUGCUCCAGGUGGCACCAGCACCACCUACACCGUGCUCUCUCCCAACGUCCGCUGCUCCGAUGUCUUCCCGGUCUACGGCCUCACGCUCGCCCAGUUCCAAGCCCAGAACCCAUCGGUGUCGUGUGCAGAUCCCAUUCCACCCUCCACCGUUCUUAAAGUGGCCAGCCCAGCCUCUCUCACCCCCUGCUCCGUCUACUACACCACUCAGCAGGGCGACACUUGUGAGGCCUUAGCAAGCUACUUUGGGACAAAAUUCCAGGCGCUCAACCCCAGCUUGGACUGCACUGCCAACAGCGGCUUGCUGCAGCCGGAGCAGGCGGUGUGUGUGGAGCGCGAAACGAAGAAUGUGGGGCUCAUCCCGGUGUGCUCGCAGUACUACCUGGUGCAGAGCGCAGAGACGUGCGAGUCCAUUCGCAAUGUGCCCUACCCCCCUCUUAAGCCCAUUGACUUCUUCCGCCUCAACCCCGGCAUCAAGUGCAACCGCCUCCUUCCAAAAACCGACGUCGAUGGCUUCACUGGCUUUGAGGCAUGCAUUGCGAGCUCCACGUCGUACACGCAGGGCACGUGCCCGCGUGCGAAUGCGUAUGUGGUGGGGACAGGCGAUAGGUGCACAGCCCUUCAGGUGAAGUACUUCCGGGGCAUCAAGGGCUGCUACAAGCACAUCAACGGAUACGACUGCAUCGACAAGCUCGUCAAAGCAACCCGCGUGUGCCUGCCCGACAAAGUCAAGCUUCAGCAAGGAGUCUGCGACAAUUGA